UGCAAAAAUGGUCAAUGCAGAUAGUCCGGGUAGCUAUUUGGUUAACUACUGUAUUUAACUAACAAGUGGGGGUGGGUUGUCAGAGGGUGCGACUGGAGCAAAGGAGAUAUAAACAUUUUGCAAAACAAACUCCUGGGGGUCUGCCUAGUUUUGGGGAGGGACAAAAUGCGAGGGAACAGGAGGACUCAACAGAAAAUAGUCCACAUGGAGAGAGCAUUUGGAAUAGUUGAAUGAAUGGCAUAUGGGCAAGUUUGAAAGUUGACAGACGAAUUGAGCAAUGCGUGUUCUGCAAGUUAUUCUUUUAAAAUAUUGAUUUAGUUGGUUUUAGGGUAACGUAUCAUGAUGUAACGUGGCUAGCCAGCUACAGUAGUUGAAGACUUUGAACAAACACGAUACAGUGGGACAGUGAGCGCUUUAGCUCGCAACACCUCAGUGAACUGCCAGCUUUGCUAGACUAGCAAGAACACUUCUCGUUCAGUUUAUCUUUACUCUUCUUUACGCUGUCGUCGAAUUUGUCUUACAUUUCACAGAUAAGCUUGUUGCUAACGGUUUGAUACCUGUCAAGUUUAACUUGUGGUUGUUGGACAUGGUUGUCAAUAACAGCUAGCUAGCUAAAGUUAGUCAGCCAUCAUUAAUUUGUAUUUUUCAACGUUGGACGGACUGAAUGUUCACCUUUGGGAUACUUAAUGUUACUGUCAGUAAACCGCAACAAGACAACAUCAACGUUGUAUUUUAAACACGAGACAACAUGCAAAAGUUCAACUCGACACACACUAGUACUCUUCCUCGGGACGCUGAGCUUCAGCAACGUUUAGCCGACAACGGGGGAGCCGGGGAGGCGAUGAAGGAAAACGGCUCUGGGAAGAAUCACAUCCUUGCAGAACCUGCAGACAGUUCACUCUGUACCAAGAGAAAGAUGCUGGUCGGCUUGGAUGUUUUCUGUCUGUUUGUAGCCUCCAUCCCAUUCUUUGCGUGUGAGUUGAAGGCGGUGACUCCAUACCGGAGGGGUUUCUUCUGUGGGGACCAGAGCAUUACCUACCCCUACCUGGAGAGAGAGGCCAUCCCUGACGCACUGCUCAUCACUGGGGGCAUUGUCAUCACUGGCCUCACGAUUGCGCUGGGCGAGUGUUACCGGGUUCGAUUCCGUGAGGUGCAAUCGCGGGCCUUCGUGCGCAACCUCUACGUGUCCUGCCUCUAUAAGGAGCUGGGAAGCUUCCUGUUCGGCUGCUGCGUGGGCCAAUCAUUGACCAACAUGGCCAAGCUGAGUGUGGGGCGCCUGCGACCUAACUUCCUGUCGGUGUGCAACGUGACAUACGCCUCGCUCAACUGCGUCCCCGGCUCCUACGUGGCCCAGGUCACCUGCAGGCAGCCCAAACACAAGAUGGUGGAGGAGGCCAGGAAGUCCUUUUUCUCUGGCCAUUCCUCCUUUGCCAUGUACACCAUGCUCUACCUGGCGUUCUACCUGCAGGCGCGGUUGUCAUGGCGAGGGGCUCGUCUGCUGCGCCCACUGCUACAGUUCCUGCUGGUGAUGAUAGCCGUGUACACCGGGCUGAGCCGCAUCUCUGACUACCGCCACCACCCCACCGACGUGAUCACCGGCUUCAUCCAGGGAGGCCUCACCGCCUACUGGGUGGCCUUCUAUAUUUCCUCCAUGUUUAAGAACAACCGUCCAGAACUGUCUCCCACCAGCAUGUCUCUGGAGAGCCCCCUGUCCAGCCAACAGACCGUCUGCUAGCACCACCUGCCCCAACACACCCCUCCUCACCUAUCUGGACGGAUGGGAGAAAAGACAGAAAGAGAGAGAGAGAGGGAGAGACAGUCAGAUAGCAGAGGUGAGCAGCACAUGGAGGGACAGGGAGGGAGACAAGGUGUGUGAAAAGGAAGGGGGAUGAGAUAAGAGGUAGAGCAGGUAAAGAGCGUUCUAGCAAGUACACACAUGUUCUGAUGAAUACGUCAAGACACGCACGCACACGUAGUGCCACCUCUCUCUCUCUCACUAACACACACUACCAUCUAACACACACACACCAAAUCACUGUAGAGUACAACCCGUCCACAUGGAGAUAUGCAUAGUAAUUUUACAGAAAUUUUGUAUAUGAAAAACGACAAAUGUUUCUAUUUUUCAAAUGAGAGUCGUAGAUGAAGCUGCUAAUAAUAAUGAUUUUUUUCCUGUUCUAAGUAGAAUAUGUUUUAUAUGUGAUGGUGGUUAGUGGGCAGUGCAUUAGGUUAGCUCUCACAAACACACGGUCAGUCAGUGUCUCUAAAUGAUCUUCAUUGGUCGUCACUUCGUUGGUCAUCCUCUGACCAGCCUAGAUGAUGACAUCAUCAGCUGGACUCCACUUCUUCAGCUUGACGUCCCCUGACUCUAAUUCUGUGGAUGUCUCAUUGACGUCCCCUGACUCUAAUUCUGUGGAUGUCUCAUUGAUGCCCCCUGACCCCUGACUCUAAUUCUGUGGAUGUCUCAUUGUGUGAAACGAGACAGUCAGAACUGAACUGUUAUUUCAGACCUCUACAUGGAACAACAGCGCUGCAUGGAGUGACAAACCCUGGCAACCAAUAAGGAAGGAGCACUGGCCUCGUGUGCCCUCUUUACCAGUACCCUCUCAUCCUUCACCCUCUAACUACACAGCAACUAAUAGAGGAUGUCAUGGACAAAGACAAAAGAGAACACUUUGUAUUAAACCAAGUAUCUUAACUUCAGUUACCCAGGAGUGAUAGGGUGGAAAUCUGCUUUGCCCAGGUUACGUCCCCUCCCCUUCACUCCCACGCUUUUCCAUGUCUGUACUCUGUACUAACCACUUAUUACUGUGUCUCAGAGGCGGAGCUAUGACUGAACCCUGUAACCUUUGACCUAUUACCCUGACCUCUGAGCUGCACCUUGAGUUAUGCCACUCUCACAGGGGAGCCAAAAUGGCUGCCUCCUGUUGCCUAUGGCAGAGGUCCCCUGUAUAUUCCUAUUAAUAGCACUUGAACUACAUAAUGGAACCUACUCUGAUAGUAUAAUUGAUAUUAUAUAUAUUUUAUCUCAAGUUUGAAUAAUCAGUGUUUUACUUCUCUUAAUAUGUCACUCUCAUACGGUAUAUGUUUUAGUUUUUUCCAAAUGAUAAUUAUUCAAAUUGAAUGUAAAUAGAUAUGUCUUUUUUAUAAACCACACAGAAUUUCAAAAGUAUUAUUAGUGCCAUUUUUGGACAGUUUUUUUUUCACGUUUAUGUGUUAUGUGUCUGUGUUGUUGAUCAGGUACGCAGAGUUGUUGUUAUUGUCAUAACGACUAGACUGAGCCAGAGCUAUUAUCAGAAAGCUAUUUCUUGUUUCCAGUUUUGUGUUUUUUCUUUCUCUGUGAAUGCCAGAAUGGCUGAAAAUAACCACUGUACUCAAAAAACCAAACCAAUAAAAUGAAUGUUGAAUCUUUUGACCUCC